CAACCACAAUGGAUCCCUUUUCCGCUGAGGGCGAGCUCCUAAACAUUCACAACUACUUCCACCAAGGCCAGUACCAGGAGGUCAUCGAUUUCGACACCUCAAGUCUGUCUCCCGAGAACGCACUACCCGCCCGCAUCCUCUCCCUGCGCGCACAGAUCGCCCUCGGACACGCUGAGGAGGUUAUCGCAGAUGUACAAGGCGAAAAUGAACCUGAGUUGAUUGCUGUUGGGGCGCUGGCAGAGCUGGCAGCUGGGAAUGAGGCGAAGGCACUGAAGGUCGCCGAGACGUUGGCGGGCGAGAAGGGAGAUAAUGCCGUUGUGCAGGUGUUGGCGGGCACGGUGUUGCAGGCUGCGGGGAAGACCGAGGAGGCUUUGGCACUAUUGAGCCAACAUCAGGGGAAUCUUGAGGCUGUUGCGCUGAUUGUGCAGAUUCAUUUGGAGCAGAAUAGACUCGAUCUGGCGAUAAAGGAAGUUCAGGCGGCUAGGAGUUGGGCUCAAGAUAGCUUGCUGGUCAAUCUGGCGGAAUCGUGGGUUGGUCUGCGAGUGGGCGGAGAGAAGUAUCAGCAAGCAUUCUACGUCUUCGAAGAGCUCGCACAAGCUCCAUCGACAUCGUCUACUCAAAGUUUGGUCUCACAAGCGAUUGCUGAAAUCCAUCUUGGCCGAUUGGAGGAGGCCGAGGCUGCGCUGCAGCAAGCUUUGACGAAGGAUCCCAAAAAUGCAGACAGUCUUGCCAACAGCAUUGUACUGAACGUUAUUGCUGGGAAGGAUGUCAACGAAUUGACAAGUACCCUAGCAAGCACAGCACCAGAACACCCUUUCCUCCGAGACAUCCAAGAGAAGAGCGCAUUGUUCGACAAGGCGGCCACGAAAUACUCGGCGAAAGUCUCUGCAUAAUGAUAUCCCUAUCAAUAAAAUGAAUAUGGCGUUGGAGGAUGCGGGCUUCGCAUAAUGUUGUUAGUUAUACACUUGGAGAACAAAUAUGUGGGAAUCGAAAAGAAUUCAAAGCAUGCAAUGACGCCGAACCACAUCCUGUGAAAUCGUCCAUGAUAAGACAAGUCAUAAUGGAAGAGGGGUCUCUGGAGAAGAGAAUGGUUGCGUGCGUGUGCUGCGAGGAGAAGAGGCUCAAAAUGCACAUUGACAUCAACAGAUUGACCCCUCGUGCAAGUACCCG